GCAAAACUGCAAUCACUCAACAACCCGAACCGCAUCCCCACGAACACCCCGUCAAUUGAUCCGCUGCGUCACGAUCAAUUGGGUCUGCGUUGACCAGAGGGCUUAGUUUUGACUUCUCACACUUGUCACAAUGUUGUCAAGGGCUGCCCGACCUGCUCUGCGAGCUGCAGUUGCAGCUCCCUCCCGAGCUGCUGCUGGCCCCAACACCGCCGCCACCUAUGCGACUCUCCGUGAGAUCGAGACUCGUCUGAAGUCCAUUCGAAACAUCGAGAAGAUCACAAACACCAUGAAGAUCGUCGCCUCCACCAAGCUCACCCGUGCUACUCGCAGCAUGAACGACUCCCGCAAGUACGGACAGACCUCCAACGAGGUCUUCGAGGCCGCUGAGACCACCGCCGCCGAGGCCGAUGAGAAGAAGUCCCUCGUCAUUGUCUGCUCUUCCGACAAGGGUCUCUGCGGUGGUAUUCACUCCGGAAUGUCCCGUACCAUUCGUCGCCUUUUCGCCGAGGGCGAGAACUUCGACUUGGUCCUCAUUGGUGAGAAGAGCAAGGCUCAGCUGCAGCGAACCAACGCCAAGAACAUCCAGCUCAGCUUCGCCGGUAUUGGCAAGGACAUUCCUACCUUUGCCGAUGCUCAGGCUAUCGCCGACCAGAUCGUCAACCUGCCCACCGAGUACACCGACGUCAAGAUCUUGUACAACAAGUUCAUCAACGCCACCAGCUACGAGCCCACCUUCAUUGAGGCAUUUUCCGAGGAGGCUAUUUCCCAGUCCCCCAACAUCUCUGCCUUCGAGGUUGAGGACGACGCUCUCGGCAACCUCCGCGAGUACAGCCUUGCCAACUCCCUCUACUGGGCUCUGGCUGAGGGUCACGCCUGCGAGCAGUCUGCCCGACGAAACGCUAUGGACAACGCCUCCAAGAACGCUGGUGAGAUGAUUGGCAAGUACCAGAUUCUGUACAACCGUACCCGACAGGCUGUCAUUACCGGAGAGCUGGUCGAAAUUAUUACUGGCGCUACUGCCUCCGCCGAUAUGUAAAAAGACGAAGAAUAAAGUUACAUCUUUUUUUAUGUUGGUAGAAAGAGCUGGCGCGCUGAGCUUUUUUCCAUCCUUUGUAAUAUCGAAGCUAGAGGAUACCCAGCGCGGUGGUCCCCAGCCAGUGUAUCAAACCCACAAAUAAAUUUUCUUAGUAGAUCAAAGGAGAAAAAAAAACAAAAGUGUAUAGUUCAAGAACCAAAAUCCCUGUAUUAAGUUGAGAUAGUGGAAAAGAAGUGACUCAACCACAGUGAAUAAAAUAGGAGGACAUCCGAUUUGAUUAAUAGGUGCCUGGGUAGGUACGGAGUCCUUAUAAGCUAUGGACAUGCAACACAAC